CCCGACUCCCAGCGUCCUCUGCGAGGUUCAAGAGAGUCUAGGUGGUAGACGCAUCGUGUCGGCGCAAUACGGCCGCUAAAGCCGUGCAGAACUGGCCCUGCGGGAUGGCAGCCUCUGAGGAGGAGCCUGAGACCGUGACGGAGCAGCUGGACAUCGCGCGCCGCCUGGAAAAUUUGCCUGUGAGCGCGUGGCCCCCAGGGGCAGAGCCAGAGCCCUUUCAGUAUACUCCUGAUCAUGUAGCCGGGCCUGGAGGAGACACUGAUCCCACUCUAAUAACCUUUCCCGGAUGCGUUUGUGUCAAAACUCCCUGCCUCCCUGGAACUUGCUCCUGUCUCCGUCGUGAGAAGAACUAUGAUGAUAAUUUAUGCCUCAGACACAUAGGAUCAGAAGCAAAGUGCGCUGAGCCAGUUUUCGAAUGCAAUGUCCUGUGUCAGUGCAGCGACCACUGCAGGAACAGAGUGGUCCAGCGGGGUCUGCAGUUCCGCCUCCAGGUGUUCAAGACAGAUCGCAAAGGCUGGGGACUUCGUACCUUGGACUUUAUACCAAAAGGACGGUUUGUCUGUGAAUAUGCUGGCGAGGUUUUAGGAUUCUCGGAAGUACAGAGAAGAAUUCAGUUACAAACAAUACACGAUUCGAAUUACAUUAUAGCCGUCAGGGAGCAUGUUUAUAAUGGGCAGGUAAUGGAAACGUUUGUUGAUCCUACCUCUAUAGGAAAUAUUGGAAGAUUCCUUAACCAUUCUUGUGAGCCAAACCUAUUGAUGAUUCCUGUCCGAAUCAACUCGAUGGUACCAAAGUUGGCACUUUUUGCAGCCAAGGACAUUGUGCCAGAAGAAGAACUCUCUUAUGACUAUUCAGGAAGAUUUCUUAAUCUACUGGAUAGUGAAGACAAAGAAAGGUUAGAUAAUGGGAAAUUAAGGAAACCUUGUUAUUGUGGUGCUGAAUCAUGCGCUGCGUUCCUGCCUUAUGACAGCUCACUGUACUGCCCCUUAGAAAAGCCAAACACGAGUGAGGAAGGAAGAGUAUAGCAGAAGCGUGUCUGGCCUCGCAGUGGAGGAGAACGAGGAGGAAUCGAGCGUGCUUGGCUCAGCCCUUCCUGGGUUCCCCUCUUACAAGCAACUUACCCUCAGGGUCAGUCUCUGCUCCGUGGUAGGGAGCUUGCCCCUCACUGUAGGGGAGCCCAGUGGUUGUAACUUAGGAAUGUGGCAGAGACUACAGAUUGUCCAGCAACACUCUCUCUCCCCUUCCAUCAUAGAAUUCUCAGUUUUUAUCUGGGUACAUGACUGCCGAGAAUACUCGCUUUUCCUAGUGAGACGUGGCUGAGGGACUACGUCAUAGCUAGUGGGAUAUGAGGGAAAACGCUGUGCCCUUCAGUGGAGAUAUCCUUCCCUUAUCCCACUCUUUUUUCUUCUUGGCUGGAAUGUUUACAUGAUAACUGGAGCUGCAGCAUCCAUACCGUACCCCAAAAUAACCUUGGAAAAGGAAGCCACACAUAGCAAAUCAGCAAAAUUGAAAGGAGUCUGGGGGCUGUAUACUGUCCAGCACUCUACCAGUCCUGACCUGACACCUCUGGACUUUUCGGUGAGAAACUGUGUCUUCGUCAUUUAUGCCACUGUUAUUUUGAACUUUCUAGUACUAGCACCAACCCUAAUCAGUGAUCCAAAAAAACCCUGAUGGCUGAAUACCUAAGCAUUGCUUUCCAGUCAAUUUUAUCAGUCAUAAGGCUGGUAUUUUCAUUUCUGUCUGACUCCUGCAUUUUAUUUCUCAUUUGUUUCUAAACAUAUCAAGGAAAAGGGCAUGAUUAAUUAUCACCUGCUAAAACCCUAAUGAUUAUCACCAAUAGUGAAAAAUAUAACCGUGAGAAUGACUUCCAUGUGUAUAACCGAAAGUCAUAAAAGGAAACAAAUUGUAAAAUUUUUGCUAUAUACCUGCUGUACUUCAAGGCUUGUGAAGUUAUGCUUCAAAACUUCAAACAGCCUCACUUCAUGUAUUAACAACAUGAAAAUAACCCUGUCAACACCACCAGAGGCGACGGGAGUUUUAUAAUUCCAUUUAAACUUCUGGAGAGGCAAACAUCUCUAACUUCCUUCCUUAAAGCAAGAGUGUUGCAAAAACAAAGCUACUAUGGAAGUUUAUUAGACUUUGUGAAAGCUAAAAUAAUUACUUGGGCCCUAUAAUUUCUUUUUCUAGUACAUUUAGACCCUACCACCAGGAGAUGCUGUGCUUUCAAAGUUAUAUCAUAGGGACCCAUGUUAUAUAUAACACUCCUGUAUGAUAUCAUAAGUAGGAUAGUUGUACAUUUUAAGUGAAUGAAAUGUAUGGUAUGAGAAUUAUAUCUCAAUAAAACUGUUAAAAUAAUAACUAUGUUAGGGUUUGCGUAUUCACAUAACAUUAUCAGGAAUGGUUCCAUGUGAAUAGAUACUAGAGUACACAUAAAAUGCCCCAAACUACAAAUGUGCAGUGUCUAAAACAAUGAAUUUUUCCUCCAAACUCAUCAUUUCUCCCUGCCAACCUUCCUCUAUAACUGAUUUCUCUGAAGCAGUCCUGCUUUUUGUAAGGCAGCUUGUAUCUCUCAUUUUACAAUGGCCUUUCUCCUCCUCACAAGGGCUUCUAGUAACUGAGCUACUUAAGAGGCAAUAAGGAAACGGUCAGAAGGAACGUGAGUGGCUCACUGUGUGAUGCUCCCGAUACCCUUUCCUUCUUCCUCCUGCUUCGCAGCUACUGAAUAUCACCGUCUGUGUAUCAGAAAUACUCCAGUGAGGACACGAGCAGCAUCUUCCAUCUUGAUGUCUCUUCCAAAGACAGAACUCACUGAAUAUAGACCCUUGGAGUUUUUUGUACUCACACACAAGUUUAUUCUUAAAUAGCAAUGUCGCCUGGAAAUCAGAUUCCUAAAGUAAGCGUUGAAGACUCUUCCAAGUCUUUUCUAGGUACUGAGUUAACUGCAUUUACUUAAUUGCCAUGUUCCUAAGAAAGUUGACACUUCGACUUUUGAGAGCAAACAUUAAAAGAUAUACUUCUGCUUGACUGUUAUCCCAAUAUAAAAAACAUAUAAAUUUUUUACAAUUAUAAAUUAGUAUAAAAUUAGAAUUUUAAAAGGUGUUAUGUGUCUUCAUGGAAUUAAAACAUAAAAAUGGCUCUGAAGUCAAUUUCCACUGCAUUCACUAAGAAUGUGGAAACGUGUACCUUGGAAACUGUUUUGGCCCAAGGAUAACAAAGAUCAUACUUGGAGGACAAAACUUUUCAAAUCUUCUUUUUUAAAUUAAUGUUUUUAAAUUUCAAAUUAAUAUUCACAAAAUAUCAGUGGCUGACAGAUUUUGUUCUUGGCUAAAUGGAAAAUUUUGCCUUAAUUGAAGUGAAUAUUCAGAGAUUAUUUUUCUCCCUCCCUGUUUUCAAUAUUAAGCCCCAAUACUGCCUAACUCUGAAGCAUAAGGCAGGAGUGGAUUAAGUACAUCAAUAGGAGACUAAUUUGCAUAGAACAGAGGAUUUUAUCUUAAACUCAGGAAGAUCUCAUUUAAAAAGGGGGAAAAAAAUCUCCCAAAGUUGUUUUCAUUCCCUUGAGUGUUCAAAUAAUGUUCUCUUUGUGUAACAUAUUCCUUAUUACAUAUUCCUCUCCAGUGUGUUAUUGUUCAGCAAGUUACUGAACCUCUCUGACUCUGAAUUCCCUUUUCUGGAUACAGCAUUUUCGGGAGAAUCAAAUAAGUUAACACUUGUAAAGCGUUUAAACAAUGAUGCAGCACUAAGAUAGCUAUAACCAAAAAGACAACUACAAGUGUUGACAAGGAUGUGGAGAAAUUAGAACCUUGUAUAUUGCUGGUAGAGUUGUAAAAUUACACAACUACUUUGUAAAGCCAUUUGGUUAGUUCCUUAAAAUGUUAUACAUAGAGUAACCACAUGUCCCAGUAACUCCAUUCCUAGAUAACAAACCCAAGAGAAACGAAAACAUGUCCCACCAAAAAUUGUAUGCAACCUUUAUAGCGGCAUUAUUGGUAAUAGCCCAAAAGUAGACACAACCUAAAUGUCCACUGACUGAUGAAUGAAUAAACAAAGUGUGGUAUCCAUAUCACAGAAUAUUAUUCAGCCAGGAAAAGGAAUGAAGUGCUGACACAUGCCACAACAUAGAUAAACUUUGAAAAUACUAUGUUAAAUGAAAGAAGCCAGACACAAACAGCCACAAAUUGUAUGAUCCUAUUUAUAUGAAAUGUCCAGAAUAAGCAACUCUAUAGACACAUAAAGUAGAUUAAUGGUUGCCAGGGGCUGGUGGAGAGGGAGGUAUAGGACGUGAUUGCUAAUGGGUUCAGAGUUUCUUUUUAGGGUGAAUAUACUAAAAACCACUUUCAAGUGAUGACUAUCAUGUUACGUGAUUUAUAUCUCCAUAAACCUGUCAUAAGAAAAAGAAACAAGAAGAUACGGGUGCCUCUCACUUGGAAACUGGUAACCUGUAACUCUGGACGUUGCUCUCAGGAAUAAACACUCUCAGAUCCCAAGGAAAUUCUUCUCCACUUGCUUUAUGUCCUCAAAACAAAACAUGACCGCGUCUAAGGUUGUGAUUUUUUUGUGGCUAUCACCACUAUCAGAGAUAGACCCUGCUUCACAGGGCAGUGAGAUUUUGAACAGUAGGAGUGCUUAGUUUGGUAAGAACAUGGAUGGAUUAAUUACUCAGAUCCUUCCUCUCAGAUAGCAUGAAUGCAAUUCUUAAAUAGCAAAGUAUUGUUUCCUUGUAAUCUUGAAUAUCAACUUUCUUGCCUCUCUUUCUGUUCAAGUCUGUGGUUCCAGAGAUCCGUGUGAUUCCUCACGAAUCAGCACAGUAUUCGCUACAGUUGCACAUGGAGACAGAAGUAUUUUGCAAUAUUAAGCAAUUCAUAUUACUUUUACAUUUGUAAAUGUGUGGAUCUAGAAGUUUGAUAUUGGUUCUUCACAUUACUUCACGUUACUUGGUUCUUCUCAUUACAUUACAUUUAAGAGACAGUUAAAAUGACAACAUAAGUGAUAGUAGUUUAUGUGAUAUAAUUAAUAUAUUUGUCUGCAAUGAUAAUAAUUCAUCAGAUAUGAUAUCAUUACAAUGUUUGGACAUGGUAAGUAAAUUUCAUGAUUUAUUUUCAACUCUGUUUCAGUGGAGUAAAGCUUUCUUAAAUUGACAUUAAUAAAAAUCUAUCAAAGAGCUACAAUAACUCAGAAAAGAUGGUCUCAUUUGAUAUCAUUGUUAACAGAACAUCAACCAUGUGAAAAUCUUGUUUGUAACAGCACAAUUUAUGAUUCUACUGAAAGGACAAUAAGAAAAAUUGUUUUUUGGCAUAAAUAUGUAAAAAAUUAUGAAUCACAUAGCUCAUUAUUUUAUUAUUCAUCCAAACAUUGCCAACUCAGUUGGAUGCCCAGGAAUGAGCAAGGAUAAUUAAAUUUAGUCACAUAUGAUAUUUUGCCAACU